ACAUACAAACAAAUAGUUGCAUCUAUAGCCAUUGCAUUAUCAGCUGUGCACAGAAUUCUUCCAUUUGGUCUGUGACAUUUACAUUUUUAUUUCCGGGUAACUAUCUGUCAAGUUACAAUACGACGCUCUGCCAUUCGCUCAUCGCUCCCCCGUCAUCUAUUCAUCACGUCCGUCUUUGAGAAACGUUAUUUCCACGUGUUGCCACGUACCUAGUGAGAACAAGACGCAUAAUGACCCGCCACUCUCCACGCACCAAGAACCUGUGAGACUGACAUGCCUUCUACACGGCUGUCGCGAGUUACGUAUUCCGCCAUGGCGGCGACAGCACAAACGAGGGCACAGCAUGAGUUUUGGAAACUCCACGGACUGGCCGGCGCAUCAAUCCACCCUCAGCUGCCCACAGUUCCGGAAGUGCACUAAACGGUGGGGCAAGCAACGAAUAGCCGUGAAUUUGAUCGAGCCACCCCCGUGUGCUUACAGGCAGCAUAUGGGAAAGAAGGAAUCCGCAGACACGGAAAAAGAAAAAGAGCACGAAUCCAGAGGCGGGCCAGUACAUCUAUGCCCCCCUCAGGCGCCGCGCAGAUCCGAGAGUGCGCGCAGCGGCGGGGGCAAGUCAUUCCAGCAGCGAGAAGCGGCGAAUUUGAACGACCCGCGAAAGGCAGACGUCCGAUGUCUAGGAGUUAGAAAGAUAAUCGAAAGCGCGAGAGAAAUCAAGCAAUAUGAGGGCGGACACCAUGCCCCGGUCCUGAGAAGCAAGCAGUCCAUCCACCACAUCCGCCAGAGCAGUUGCCGUGCUGUGACCCUUACGAAAACCAGAUUGCAGAGCAGGGAGCAUAUUGUGUUUUUCAAGGUUGUUCCGAGUCAUAUCGCGGGUGCGCCGAAUACUCUCUCCACGUCGCCGAGCGAGCGGAACUGCCGAACCUCAGCACCAUCACUCCUACGAGCGUAAAUGCGACCACGCCUCGUCCAGGAGUAUUUCCAUUGAAGCCUACGACACUCAUCCCGCACCCGGUGGAAGAGUUGGCGGUUCGGCC